AAUUUAGAUUGUUUUCAAGUAUAGCUUAGGCAGCCAGCACCGCUUGUGUAGACAUUUCUCAUCUCUCAUUUUGUGAUCUUCGGAUGCUGAGCUAGAAACGAUUGUAUUCGCUUUACCUAGUUUAGUUAUGAGCCGACCACCGAUGUGAUCAGAACCGUUUUCGUAUAGAGCCCAAUAAAAUCUAAACCUACAGUCGGUCUGCAUGAAAGGUUCGCGUUGUCUAGUGCAUGUACCUAAAAUAGUGGACAUUUGAACGCAAUAAAGAAUAGUGCUUUUAACUUUAACGGAGUUGUAAAGUGCUGUGCCGGAUCCCCCCAAGUACAACGCCUUCGACGUGGUGUUUAGAGCGGCGGAGCAAGAUAAAGGUGAGCCCCGAUCUGCAACAUAUUUCUGGUGCCGUGACCAGGAUCGGGGGCUGCAUCAUUGUCGCCAUCUUCCACGCGCGGCAACCUGUCGGAUCGCUGUACUAUUGUUCGACGCCAUCCUAGUCGAAAAUUGACGCCAUCAUCCCACGAAAGAACGCCACCAAAUUACUGGAGAGAGCCUAUUGUGAGCCGAUAUUUGCAUGCGGUCGACACGACUGUGCUACGCCGGUAUCCUGUGCAGAUGUUGAUUGAUUCAAGGCAUAUUCAAUCAUUUGUCAGUGCUGCAUUGCUCGUCGGAGUGCUCAUCCCAAUCGCAUUUUCGACCGAUAGCCGGGUGUCUAAUCAUCGUCAGCGGUUCUCAACUUCAGCUGCAUACCGCCCCAGGUGGCAGCCCGUUCGUGGACCAACCCGUGAUGCACCUACCUACUAGAAAACCCUGUGAACCAAAUCAACUAUAGUGUGCGAACAUCGAUCUUGACACGAGCUUUUUCGUUAAUUGUGAUCGCUUCCAUCCGUGUCGUUUCUCGCGUCCAGAGAACGAUAUUCCUGCCAAAGAGCAACUUCUGUGCCGUGCUAGGCAAGCUCAGUUCCUGCGUUCCAGUUUUGAUUGAUAUACAAGGCAUUUCCAAGCCUUGGCUCAGGUUAGUAACCUUCCAAGCAUCCCAUUUUCUUUCGUCCGGGUCUACCUGGUCUUUCAUAUCGGCAGGCAUUCUCCAAUUUCAACGAUCGAGUCCUACGAUCAACGAUGUGCGAUACUCGUACUCGAGACCAGUUGACAACCCGAAGGACCACUCUGAUCGCCUCGUUGAGCCGUGCGGAACAGUUCACCGAGGACUUCGUCGCCGAACGGGAUGGGCUCGAGGUGCAAAUACGCCUGGAGAACCUGGACCUGUUAUGGAAAACGCUGGAAGAUGUGCAGACGGCGCUGGAGGACCUGGAGGAGACCAACGAAGGUAAAGUUUUGAAUCUACAAUACCGUGCCUCCUUUGAACCCAGGCUGUUCCGAUUAAAAGCAAGACUUCAAUCUAAAUUACCGCCUCCACUCAUUUCGCAAGCCAAUUUCCCUACUGAACCCCCUCCUCGCGCUGUGUCCACCUUGGCUGGUUUAAAGUUGCCGACUAUCUCGCUACCAGAGUUUGACGGUGAUUAUAUGCAGUGGUUGACCUUCCACGACACUUUUCAAGCGUUGAUCCACGACAACCAGGAACUGCCUCCGAUCCAGAAGUUCCACUACCUCCGGGCUGCGGUGAAGGGAGACGCCGCGCAGAUCAUCGAAACGAUUUCCAUCAGUGCUGCCAACUAUCCACUAGCAUGGCAGGCGCUAGUCAAUCGCUAUUCCAACGAAUAUUUACUUAAAAAGCGUCACCUACAGGACCUGCUGGAUAUUCCUCGAAUGAAGAAGGAAAGCGCCGCUGCCCUGCAUUCAACCGUCGACGAGUUCCAAAGGCACAUCAAGAUUUUGCAGCAGUUGGGAGAGCCGACGCAGUCGUGGAGUACCCUACUAGAACAUCUUUUGUGCAUGCGGCUUCACGAUGACACCAUUCGAGCGUGGGAGGACCACGCAGAGUCAGUUGGCGACCAAUCGUACACAUGUCUCGUCGAGUUUUUGGAGAAACGGAUUCGAGUGCUCGAGUCGAUUUCCGUCAAUCAUUCUUCUCACCCAAGCCCACCAGUAUUUCCCAACGGAAACCAUCGUAAGCAAUUGCCAGUUAAAAUGUCGUCCUAUUCCGCUACCGAAAACUUCGCUCCGAAAUGCCAUGCGUGUGACCAGCAGCACCCGCUGGUGAAGUGUCAAACGUUCGAACGAAUGUCUCUGGCCGACCGCUUGCGGACGGUGAAUUCCAAGCGUUUGUGCCUGAACUGCUUCCGCCAAGACCAUUUCGCACGUGAUUGCCCCUCCAAUUUCUCCUGCAGGGUAUGCAGGAAAAACCACCACACACUCCUCCACCCCGGUCAGCUCCCUAGUUACCCCAGAAACAACGGCGAAAAUUCCCAGUCCAGCCAUAGGUCGAAUCAGCCACCAGCUUCGUAUUCCAGAACCCAAUCAAGAGUUGCUGUACAAUCGGUGUCGAAUGUAGAUGAACCUACCGUCGUUCAGUGUAGCAGCGUACUGCGAAGCCCUCAGCCUACCAUUUUUAUGUUGACGGUCGUUCUCCGUAUAGUUGACGUAUAUGGAAAGGAACAUUUUGCAAGAGCCCUCCUGGAUAGUGCUUCGCAACCCAACCUCAUGUCAGACCGAUUGGCUCAGCUUCUGAGACUGAAGCGCGAGAAGGUGAACGUACUCGUUCAUGGGAUCGGGGAGCAGCCAGAUCAUGCAACGGAGUCGGUCACAACAAGCAUUUCUUCUCGAAAGGACAAUUUUUCCAAAGAAGUGUCUUUCUUGGUCCUCAAGCGGAUGAUCUCCAACCUUCCUGCCGAAGACAUUCCGAUAGACGAUUGGAAACUUCCUAGCGAUAUUUCACUCGCUGAUCCCAGUUUCAAUCGCUCGGGCAAGAUUGAUUUGGUACUCGGAACCCAACACUUCUUCGAUUGCUUCCCAGCUGCUGCUCGAAUCAAACUUGCAGAAGGACUUCCAGAUCUGGUUGACAGCGUGUUUGGCUGGAUAGUUGCCGGCGGUACGAACGUUUCCCCCUCAAGCCAGGAAUCCAUCUGCUGCAAAACCGUUACCACUUCCCUUUCCUCUCUAGAAGAAUCCAUGGAGCGUUUCUGGAAAAUAGAAGAGCUCGGAACUCGAUCCGCCCUAUCGAUAGAAGAGAAGGCCUGUGAAGAAUUGUUUCAAUCUACCGUUUCUCGCGACGAGGUAGGUAGAUACAUUGUAGAAUUGCCCAAACAACCGAACUUCGACGAGAUGAUUGGCGAAUCCGAAGCAACUGCUGUCCGGCGUUUCGAAAUGCUGGAGAAAAGAUUCACCAAGGAUCCCAAGUUGAAGGAAGACUACGAUAAAUUCAUGGCCGAAUAUUUGUCACUAGGCCACAUGAAGCUGGUUCCGAAUGGCUUCGCUGCGGGUUCCAAGGAAUGUUUCCUUCCUCACCAUCCUGUCGUUAAAGAAGCCAGUUCUACCACCAAAACCCGAGUAGUUUUCGACGGUUCCAGCAAAACCUCUAGCGGAUUUUCCUUAAACCAGGCACUGUGUGUGGGACCGACCGUGCAGCAUGAGCUGCUGGAUCUCGUCAUACGAAACCGCAAAUUUCCGGUAGCCAUUACGGCCGACGUCGAGAAGAUGUAUCGCCAGGUUCUAGUGCACCCGAAAGACACUCCCCUGCAGAAAAUUAAGUAUCGUUUCCAACCCACUGAUCCCCUUCAAUCGUACGAGCUCCUCACCGUCACAUACGGACUUGCGCCCUCCUCGUUCCUGGCCACACGUGCUCUACAACAAGUGGCCGAAGAUGAAGGACCUGACUUUCCACUCGCUGCUCCGGUCGUGAAAAAGUCGUUCUAUGUAGAUGAUUUCAUCGGUGGCGCUUUUUCUGUUGCUGAAGCCAUCCAACUGCGUGAAGAGCUGACCGGCAUGCUAGCUAAGGGAGGAUUUCCUUUGCGAAAGUGGACCUCCAACAAAUUGGAUGUUUUGCAAGGGCUGCCUGCCGAUCAGAUUGGAACCCAAUCGACGUAUCGAUUCAACCCCGGAGAGACUGUGAAGACCCUAGGAAUCUUGUGGGAGCCAGGAUCCGAUCAAUUUCGUUUCGAUUUUCAAGUUGAUAUGCGCCAACAAACAGCUACAAAACGAACGAUUUUGUCCAGAAUUUCGCAACUUUUUGAUCCGUUAGGACUAAUUGCACCGAUCGUCAUUAGGGGAAAAAUACUGAUGCAGGAGUUGUGGCUGGUUUCGUGUUCCUGGGAUGAAGAAGUUCCGGAUCAGAUCAAUCGCAAAUGGCAGGUUUUGUGCGGACAGCUUCCUGGUUUGGCGAGAUUCCGAAUCGACCGAUAUGCGUUUCAACUAAACUCGGUUAUUCAGUUGCACACUUUUGCUGACGCUUCUGAAGCUGCGUAUGGUGCUUGUGUGUACGUCCGAUGUGUAGACACUGAAGGGAACGUUCGUGUACAACUGUUGGCUGCUAAAUCCCGAGUCGCACCCCUUAAAAGACUUUCAAUACCGAGACUCGAAUUAUGUGCAGCUCUUGUUGGAUCGCAGCUGCACUCCCGGAUCAUAGAGGCUUUGGAAAUGAACAUCGACGAAUCUUACUUCUGGUCCGAUUCCACAGUGGUUCUUCAGUGGCUAGGCUCUCCUCCCAGUGCCUGGAAAACCUUUGUCGCUAAUCGUGUCUCUGAAGUGCAAAAUUUGACGCAUGGAUCCCGUUGGAGUCAUGUAUCAGGUUUCGAAAACCCUGCCGACCUAGUAUCCAGAGGAAUGAAUGUCGACGAUUUCGUGGAGAGCAGUUUGUGGAAGUAUGGCCCGCAAUGGUUGCAGCAUCCAGAAAUAGAAUGGCCGAUUCGAAGAUCCUCCGAAGUUCCUGAAGCCGAAACCGAGCGAAAAGGUGUAGUAGUCGCCGUCACAACAAGUACGCCGUACUACAAUCCAAUCUUCUCACGAUAUUCUUCUUUUUCCCGCCUGACAAGAAUAGUCGCCCUAUGCCAAAGGUUCGUCAGCAAUAUCCGCUCCAAUUCUAGAACUCAACAAACUUCCACAGGCCCUGUCAAAUUCAAAACGCUGUCACUCGAGGAACUCACGCAGGCAAAAAUGACUCUGGUUCGAAUUGCUCAAGCCGAUUGUUUCCACGAAGAGCUACGAGAACUGCAACAAGGUCGGCAACUGCCAAAACGAUCUUCACUACGGCUUCUUAGUCCAUUCAUUGACACAGAGGGGGUUCUUAGAGUGGGGGGACGAUUGAAAUUAUCGGAACAGCCAUACCUAUCCAAGCACCCAGCCCUGCUCCCCAGCUUCCAUCCUCUAGCACAGCUGAUUGCCAAAUCCUUUCACUACAAACUGGUUCACGGUGGCGGCCACUUGACAUUAUCGGUAAUGCGUGAGGAAUACUGGCCUAUUAACGGACGGCGUCUUGUGCGGAGCAUCAUCAGAAACUGCUUCCAAUGCGCCCGAGCCAAUCCCGUUCCGGCUAGCCAGCAAAUUGGACAGUUGCCAGCCCAGAGAGUCACCGUCAGCAGGCCUUUCGCUAUCACCGGAGUGGAUUAUGCGGGACCCGUAUACUUGAAGGCUAUCCACAAGCGCGCUGCCCCUGCGAAGGCCUACAUUUGCUUGUUCGUGUGUUUCACGACGAAGGCUGUUCACUUGGAGUUGGUAGGUGACCUCUCUACACCGGCCUUCAUAUCUGCUCUUCGACGUUUUGUUGCCCGCCGAGGACGUCCUGGUCAUUUGCAUUCCGACAACGGGAAAAAUUUUGUCGGAGCAAAAAAUGAAUUGCGAGAACUUCACCAAAUGCUUUCCAACGAAGCCGACAUGGACCGAAUAACGAGAUUCUGCGCAGAACAAGAAAUAGAGUGGCAUCUCAAUCCACCCAAAGCUCCCCAUUUCGGUGGACUCUGGGAAGCCGCAAUCAAGGUGGCAAAGAAGCAACUCCAUCGUCAAUUAGGGAACUCGAGGCUUUCCUAUGAAGAUUUGUCUACCAUCCUAACUGAAAUUGAAGCUGCGAUGAAUUCGAGACCUAUCGUUCCCAUGACUGAGGACCCGAACGACUUCGCUGUUCUUACACCGGCACACUUCAUUAUAGGCUCUACUAUGCAUGCUGUCCCCAGUCCAAGCGUUGUCGAUGUCCAAAUAUCACGCUUGGCAUAUCAUCAAAAGCUCCAACAGUUUUUCCAGCGCUUCUGGCAUCAGUGGAGGACUGAAUAUUUGCAGGAGCUUCAGAAGGAUACUAGGUUACGCCAUCCAAAUCACGAAAUUCUAUCAGGAAGAUUGGUAGUAAUUGUCGACGAGUUUCAGCACCCAGUCCGAUGGCCGCUGGCCCGAAUAGAAGCUGUGCAUCCUGGAGCAGACGGUCUUGUACGCGUUGUUACAUUACGUACUCCCAAAGGCAUCUUUAAACGCCCCAUAACAAAGAUCUGCCUCCUACCAACCGAUUCAUCGAACACAACGUACCCUGAAGAAGCCAAUGCAUCAGACGAUCACCCACCAGUUGGAGACGACGCUCAUGUGAACGACGGAUAGAUCAUCACUCUGUGAGCUCAUCGAAGCAGCAAACAUCGAAGGAAUAACAAAGUGAAUUGAAUUAUAUUGUUAAAGAUUUUUUUUUCUAUUUUGUUUUGAUUUUGAAAUUCGUAUAUUUCAAAGGUGGCGGCAAUGUUGAAUUUAGAUUGUUUUCAAGUAUAGCUUAGGCAGCCAGCACCGCUUGUGUAGACAUUUCUCAUCUCUCAUUUUGUGAUCUUCGGAUGCUGAGCUAGAAACGAUUGUAUUCGCUUUACCUAGUUUAGUUAUGAGCCGACCACCGAUGUGAUCAGAACCGUUUUCGUAUAGAGCCCAAUAAAAUCUAAACCUACAGUCGGUCUGCAUGAAAGGUUCGCGUUGUCUAGUGCAUGUACCUAAAAUAGUGGACAUUUGAACGCAAUAAAGAAUAGUGCUUUUAACUUUAACGGAGUUGUAAAGUGCUGUGCCGGAUCCCCCCAAGUACAACGCCUUCGACGUGGUGUUUAGAGCGGCGGAGCAAGAUAAAGGUGAGCCCCGAUCUGCA